UUUUUUCGUAUUUCUUAAGCUAUUAUUCUAUUCAUAACAAAAACGCUGCUUGCCCCCACUAAUGUCGAGGUUAAAAUCAAAAUAUUCAGAUUCAUUUAACGACCAGUUCUCUUCUACGGAAGAAGAGGAAGAUGUUGAUGUUGCUGAUCAGUACGAUUCUGGUGUGAUUCGUUGUAUAUGUGAUGAUCCAAGCGAUGAUGGCUUCACUAUUCAGUGUGAACAUUGUCUAGAUUGGCAGCAUGCAUCCUGUGUGAAUGUAAAGCGUAAUAGGAUUCCAAAACAUUAUUUAUGUGAUCGCUGUAGUCGAUUGAUAAAAAAGAAACGUCCUACUGAUAUACAAAAUCGUCGCAGAAAUUUACAGGAGAGUAAACUACUCAUAAAAGGUAAACUAAGCUAUGAUAUCCCUGAAAGCAUUUUUAAUUAUAAAAAAUUAUAGAAAAAAGGAAACGGCUGGAUAAUAAAUCGAAAAAGGACAACCACGAAGGUAGCGACGACGAUGAAGACCUCUUGUUGCCUGCUCAGAAGAUAAAUAGAAGCUAUGCAUAUACUUCGAAAUGCAUA